UUUUGUCUAAUGAUGACGUAAUACUUAUUAGCGCACUUCCCCACGCUCUUCGAAUGCAGCCAAUGAUCCGACAUUAAAUAUAUUUGACAAAUAUUACAUAUAUUUUUAACUAAUAGUGUUAUAUUAGCAAUACAACUAACGUUUCUUAUACUAUGAUUAAUCUAUUAUAUGUUUUUUAAGAUAAUAAUUGUCAUGAUGGACAAUAUCCAGAAGAAAGAAGAUCUACAAGACAAAGAACAAGAAUUAGCAAAAAGUGCUGUUUUAGCUCCUAGUAAUUCUUUACCUCAUAAUGCACCUACAGUGAAAGUUCCAUGCUAUUUUGUGGAUUCCAAGCUACAAAUUUUGCACUAGCAGUUAAAGAAGUAAAUCGUAUGCUGCAUCAAAGGAACAUAUCCCUCAUGGAAGAUCAAUUAGAUAAGACAGAAGAAGAUGAAUUUAUAAAGAGAAAAUAUCACUGUACAAUAUUUCUGGGUUAUACAUCGAACAUGGUGUCCAGUGGCAUUAGAGAUAUUAUAAGAUUUCUCAUACAACAUAAACUGGUAGAUUGUCUUGUUACCACAGCAGGUGGAGUAGAAGAAGAUUUUAUCAAGUGUUUAGCACCUACAUACAUUGGUAGCUUUUACUUCGAUGACAGAAAACUUAGAGACAAUGGAAUAAACAGAACUGGAAAUUUAUUGGUUCCAAAUGAUAAUUAUUGUCUGUUUGAAGAUUGGUUAAUGCCAAAGUUAGAUACGAUGUUGGCUGAACAAAAGACAAAGGGUACUUUAUGGACGCCGUCUAAAAUGAUAGCGAGACUCGGUGAAGAAAUUAAUAAUGAAGAUUCAAUUUACUACUGGGCUGCAAAAAAUAAAAUCCCAGUUUUUUGUCCAGCAUUGACUGAUGGUAGUCUUGGCGAUAUGAUGUUCUUUCACUCAUUUAAAAAUCCGGGUCUUGUGCUCGAUAUUGUUGCGGAUGUCAAGAGAUUAAACAAAAUAGCUAUGAAAGCGAUCAACAGUGGCAUGAUAAUUGUUGGAGGCGGUGUGGUGAAGCACCACAUCUGCAAUGCUAAUCUUAUGAGGAAUGGUGCGGAUUAUGCCGUUUUCAUCAACACAUCUUCAGAAUUUGAUGGCAGCGACAGCGGUGCCCGGCCUGAGGAAGCGAUUUCGUGGGGAAAAAUUCGGAAAGACGCUAAUCCCAUCAAAGUAUGCGCUGACGCUACUUUGAUAUUUCCAUUAUUAGUUGGAGAAACCUUUGCCAGAUAUCAUUUAGAGGAAAAUGAACAAGCAAUAUCUCGAUGUGAUAAAGGCGUAUAGAAAAUAAAAUAAUUAUAAUUC